AUGUCAACCAAAGAACCAGCUCAGAAAACCGAUCAUGCUUCUAGCGAUAGUGAAAGCGAAGAGGGGAUUAAAAAUAAGACACACAGGUAUAAUCUAACUCCUGUAGAAAUUCAACGCCUACAAUUAGAAAAAUUAUUAAGAAAAGCAGAUAAGCCAGUUAAUAUUCCUGAAAUGGUAGAUAAACCAAAAUUAAAACCUCCAAAGGAUAUCGUAAGGAAUGUUCAAGGAUCUAGUGCCGGUGCGGGUAGUGGGGAAUUUCACGUUUACAGAGCUCAUCGUCGUAGAGAAUAUACCAGAUUGAAGAUCAUGGAGGAGGAAACAAAAAAGGAAGAAGAAAAACGUGAAUUCGAAGCAAAGAUGGAGUUGUGUUGUGAUGAAACUAAGACCCUAUCAUUAGUUACGAAAAUAGUAGAGAAUCGGUCGACAAAACUAAAUUGGCAAUGA